AUGAUAUGGCACCGGUUCCACAAGCCCCGGCACGGGUUCCACAAGACCCGGCACGGGUUCCACAAGCCCAGGCACAGGUUCCACAAGCCCAGGCACGGGUUCCACAAGCCCAGGCACGGGUUCCACAAGCCCCGGCACGGGUUUCACAAGCCCAGGCACGGGUUCCACAAGCCCCGGCACGGGUUCUACAAGCCCCAGGCACGGGUUCUACAAGCCCAGGCACGGGUUCCACAAGCCCAGGCACGGGUUCCACAAGCCCAGGCACGGGUUCCACAAGCCCAGGCACGGGUUCCACAAGCCCAGGCACGGGUUCCACAAGCCCAGGCACGGGUUCCACAAGCCCCGGCACGGGUUCCACAAGCCCCGGCACGGGUUCCACAAGCCCAGGCACGGGUUCCACAAGCCCAGGCACGGGUUCCACAAGACCCGGCACGGGUUCCACAAGCCCAGGCACAGGUUCUACAAGCCCCAGGCACCGGUUCCACAGGCCCAGGCACGGGUUCCACAAGCCCCGGCACCGGUUCCACAAGCCCAGGCACGGGUUCCACAAGCCCAGGCACGGGUUCCACAAGCCCAGGCACCGGUUCCACAAGCCCAGGCACCGGUUCCACAAGCCCAGGCACGGGUUCCACAAGCCCAGGCACGGGUUCCACAAGCUCAGGCACAGGUUCCACAAGCCCCAGGCACGGGUUCUACAAGCCCCAGGCACGGGUUCCACAAGCCCCGGCACGGGUUCCACAAGCCCCAGGGACGGGUUCCACAAGCCCCGGCACGGGUUCCACAAGCCCAGGCACGGGUUCCACAAGCCCCGGGCACGGGUUCCACAAGCCCCAGGCACGGGUUCCACAAGCCCCAGGGACGGGUUCCACAAGCCCCAGGGACGGGUUCCACAAGCCCCAGGGACGGGUUUCACAAACCCCGGCACGGGUUCCACAAGACCCGGCACGGGUUCCACAAGCCCAGGCACAGGUUUCACAAGCCCAGGCACGGGUUCCACAAGACCCGGCACGGGUUCCACAAGCCCAGGCACAGGUUUCACAAGCCCAGGCACCGGUUCCACAGGCCCAGGCACGGGUUCCACAAGACCCGGCACGGGUUCCACAAGCCCCGGCACGGGUUUCACAAGACCCGGCACGGGUUCCACAAGCCCCGACACGGGUUCCACAAGCCCAGGCACGGGUUCCACAAGCCCCGGCACGGGUUCCACAAGCCCAGGCACGGGUUCCACAAGCCCAGGCACGGGUUCCACAAGCUCAGGCACAGGUUCCACAAGCCCCAGGGACGGGUUCCACAAGCCCCGGGCACGGGUUCCACAAGCCCCAGGCACGGGUUCCACAAGCCCCAGGGACGGGUUCCACAAGCCCCAGGGACGGGUUCCACAAGCCCCAGGGACGGGUUCCACAAGCCCCGGGCACGGGUUCCACAAGCCCCAGGGACGGGUUCCACAAGCCCCAGGGACGGGUUCCACAAGCCCCAGGGACGGGUUCCACAAGCCCCAGGGACGGGUUCCACAACCCCCACCACCGGUUCCACAACCCCCACCACUGGCUCUCCCAAGAGCCAGUGUCAAGAGUGACAAAAGUGUCAAAAGAGUGUCAAAAGAGUGACAAAAGUGUCAAAAGAGUGUCAAAAGAGUGA